GCAACAGGAGACGGGGCGGGGAGAGGUGCUCGGUCUGUUUGCUGUUCGGACAGCAGAUCAGGAAAACUAAGAGAAAACUUUAUAUUAAAAAAAGACAGAAAACGACUUAGCAAAUAAUGAGUUUAUAUGGCUCUAAUCCCAGACUGGCCACUGUCGGCCAAAGGAGUAAUUCACGACCGGAUUUGUCAAAUUUAAGAAACGACAUGUUAGUCGGAGGAAACGGCUUCCAUGGAGAUUAUCCAGCAAUGGAGGGUGGAUACACCUUCCAGACCUCCAGUUUCUCCAAGACCUCAAUGCACGGUGGCGGCGGCGGCGGCGGCGGUGGAGGAGGAAUGAAGGCGUACGCGACCAUGGGUGGUGGGAGCGGAGGUGGAGGUGCUGGGGUCAGUGUACAAGUAAUUCAGCAGAAAGCCUAUUACCUGAUGAAUCAGUGUCAGGAUUUUCUGGACAAAGCGAAGAUGAUUGUCAGCAGUGGGGGGUCAUCCAUGGAAGCAAACAGGAUGCUAGGCAUUGCUGCAGAAAUGAUUGAGCAGCUGAAGGUCUGUGGCAGAGAUCUGCACCAGCUGCAUGUUCAAAAUGAUGUUUUCGCAAACGUCGAACAGUUCCAGCAAAUGCAUGCCGCUAUCCAACAAAAACUGCUCAGUUCCUCUACUAUAAGAGGGAAAAGAGGCAGUGUGGGCAGUGAUGGGGGACGGCUUUUUAGUGAUGCCAUGGCUUGGAUUACUCAACAAAAGCGCAUGAUUGAGACAGCUCAAUGGGGAGAAGACUCCACUGCCAUAGACAAGCAAAUCAUGAACCACAAUAAAUUCCAUGGCUCGAUCCAAAGAAGCCAAGAAGUGGACCGUGCCAGGGAUGAACUGAUGGGAGGGAAUGACAAAUACCAUUCUGCCAUCCUGGAACAAGAAUGGGAGAGCCUGCAGAAAAUGUCAAACAACCGCCUGAAUCAGCUGCGUGAGCUUCAGGGCAUCAUUGAGGAGAUUUCCAGAGCCAUCAUGUGGGUGAAUGAUAGAGAGGAGGAGGAGCUUGUGUUUGACUGGGGAGACAAAAACAUUGACCAAUACAUCCCCAGGAAGCAGGAAAGCUACUCUAGGCUGAUGAGAGACCUGGAGGAGAAGGAGAAGGAGUUAAACAAGCUGAAAGUGAGAGCAGAUGGCCUCUUGAACAACAACCACCCAGCCUCAGAUAAGAUUGAGGCCUACAUGGACACCCUGCAGACCCAAUGGAGCUGGCUCCUCCAGAUUACAAAAUGCAUUCAUGUUCAUUUGAAGGAGAAUAGUGCCUACAGUCAAUUUUUCAAGGAGGCCAAUGAGACUUAUGCAAAGCUGCAGAAGGAGCAUGAGACGAUCCGAAGCAAAUUCACCUGUGACAAGAACACCUCGCUGGAUAACCUCGUUGAACUCCUAAAAUUACUGGAGAAAGAGAAAGAACGGAUCAUGGAGAACAAGAGACAGGUUCAGAGUCUGGUCAACAAGUCCAAGUCCAUCGUCAGGCUGAAACCUCGCAACCCUGAGGAGAAGAGCAGCAGCCCUGUCAUGGUCCAGGCCUUGUGUGACUUUAAACAAGACCAGAAAGGUAUAUUAAAAGAGAAUGAGGGCAUCUUGAAAGACAACUCGCAGCGCAGCAAGUGGCUUGUGACAGGACCCGGAGGCCUUGACAUGCUGAUCCCUUCAGUGUGUCUGCUCAUCCCACCUCCAAACCCGCUCAGCAUUGGCCUUGCCAACAAAAAUGAGCAGUACUAUGAAGCUAUCAUGAGCAUUUGGAAUCAGCUCUACAUCAACAUCAAGAGUCUCAUCUCAUGGCAGUACUGCGUCAAAGACAUCAACUAUAUCAACUCCCUCACCCUUAGUAUGCUGUCGAAGAUGCGUCCUGAGGAGUACCGCAGUGUCAUCAAAAGGCUGGAGACCCACUACCAGGAGUUCAUGCGUACCAGUCAAGGUUCUGAAAUAUUUGGGGACGAUGACAAGAAAACCAUCCAGGGCCACUUUGACAAAGCUCAACAACACUAUGAUACACUGAUCAUCCAGCUGCCUACUUACAGAGAAGAUGGGGUGAAGACUGAGCCUCCAAAACAAGAGAUUAAGAAGGUCACUUCUACAACUGUGACCAAAGUCAAGACCCAGCCUCCAACAGGAAGCUCUACUGUCAGCCUUACGGUGCUCAGCAGCCUGCAAGAACUUCGACGUCGGCUGGAGAUGGUCGAAUCUGGUCUCACCAGUCAUCUCCACAUUCCACUGGGUGAUAACAGUGUGCACAAUUGUUCAGUGCACAUUCAAAAGCUGCAGGAUGUGCACCAGGAUCUGGAGUCAGUUCAUGAUGAGUACCUCCUCCUGAGGGAGAUAAUUACAAAACAGCUGAAGGGGGUACCUGCAGACUCCGAGCAUGCCAAGUUCCUCCGCUCUGAACUGGAAAUCAUUAACCAAAAAGUGGGAGGCCUGCAGGGUCUCUACUCAGCCUACCUUCAGAGACUGUCUGCACUGAAGGCCUUGCUUCAAAGCCUUCUGCAGGCUGAAGACAUCAUUAAAGCCUACGAGGCCCGGCUUACCGAGAAAGAAACCAGCUCCCUGGAUGUCAGAGAGGUGGAGAACUAUCAGAGGACACUAAAGCAAAUGAAAAAUGAACUGGAGCAAAAAAGAGACCUGCUGACAGCUAUGGAGUCUGACCUGGCUAAAGCAGUUCACUGGAAUGGUCAGAUUUCCGAUCCCUUCCACAAGUGUGACGUGGAUUUGUCCAAGUAUUCCGACCUGGUCAACCAGAUGUGUGAUCGCUGGCGCCGCAUCCACACAGAGAUUGAUAGAAGAGUGGAUGACUUGGGCAAGCAGGAGACACAGCUAAUACAAUAUCAGCAGAAUCACACUUCCACGGAGCAGUGGAUAGACAAUGCCAGGAAACGGCAAGACACCCUUCAGACGGUUAAGCUCAGUGAUAUCCAGACCCUAAUGGACCACCUGAACCAACAAAAGGCACUUCACAAUGAAAUUAAAGGCAAGAAGGAGAAGGUAGAGGAUGUGAAUAAAAGUGCAGACACAUGUGCUGCCUCAAUAAAGGACUAUGAGCUGCAGCUUGCUUCCUUCAGUUCAGGACUGGAAACUCUGCUUAAUAUUCAUAUCAAGAGAACUAUGCUGCAGUCCCCUGCUUCUGUGGUCAGACAAGAGGCCACUGACCUCCAGGCUCGCUACAUAGAGCUACUUACCCGCUCUGGUGACUACUACAAGUUCCUUGGGGAGUUGCUAAAAAACAUGGAGGAGCUGAAGUUAAGGAACACCAGGAUUGAGAUGUUGGAGGAAGAACUGAGGCGUCUUAAGGAGGACCUCCAGGAUCGCAGCCAGAAAAACAAGUCUCUAGAGGAUGUUUUGGCCAGCUACAAGCUGGAACUCAGUCAGUCAAAAGAUGAACUUUUUUCUCUGGAGGAGGUGAAGAGAACCACCGCAAUGCAAGCUAAUGCUGCCAAGGAAAGCCUGGACAGUACGCAAAACCAACUUCAAGAUCUAAAUGAUCAGCUGAUCCGCAUUAAAUACCAGCUGGAUGAGGAAAAGAGGAAAAGAAGGCUGGCAGAAGAGCGCUACAACAGCCAGCAAGAAGAGUAUGAGGCGGCAGUGCGCCGCAGACAGAAAGAAUUGGAAGAGCUCAAUUGGAAAAAGAUUGACUUAGAGAAGUCUGUGAAGGACAAGGAACGUGAACUGGAGAGGCUGAAGAUACAGCUAGAUGAGGAGGCGUCACGUCGGCGUAAUGCUGAAUCAGAUAUCUCAAAGGUAAGAACACAGUGCACCCAGGAGAUUAAUCAACUAAAGCAGACUUACGAGACAGAGAUCCACGUUACCAAGACCACCACUCUGAAAGCCUCACAACAGAAAGAAGAAGAUGUGGCAGAACUGAGGCUGCAAGUGGAGCGACUCACUGCUGAGAAGAGAGAUUUAGAGGAUGAGCUGUGGAGACUGAGGCAGUCCAUUGCUCUCACAGAGGAUCAGAAAAUCAAGGCAGAGAAGGAGGUCAGCCAGCAGAGGGCCUCAGUUACACAAGAGACGAGGAUGCGCAGUGAGCUGGAAGUGCAGCUGAGAACACUCGUGCAACAGAGAUCAGGAGAUGAGAUGAAAUUAAAAGAAGCCAACAAAAAUAAUCAGGAAAAAUCCAAACAGAUAACCAUGCUAACAUUGAACCUAGAGGAAGAAGGGAAGAGGAGAAGAGCUCUGGAAUCGGAAGUCAGUCACCUGAAACAAGCUGAAGCUGAGCUGAGGGCAAAGAACACCUCCUACCUUGAGGCAAUUAACAAGCUGAAGAUGUCUGAGCAGGAGAUCCGCAUCACCAGAGUCGAGCUGGAAAAGCAGACCAGUGAGAAAACCAAGGCUGAGCAGAGCUCCAUCAGAUUUCAGGGCCGCCUCCGGGAACUUCAGUGUUCUCUGGAUGGGAUUGAAGCUGAGUUGGAAAAGCAAAAGAAAUCAGCACAGGAGGAGUUCACCCGUAGAAAGCGAAUGGAGGCUGAGUUGGAAAGGAUGACACAUACCUGCAGAGAGCACACCACCACAAUUACCUCGCUGAAAUCUGUUCAGAUUGAGGCCUCCAACUCGGGGAGAAAGUAUGAGCAGGACCUCAAUGCUCUCCAGGAGGCGCUGGACAAGAGCCUGAAAGAUCACAAAGCCACCAAGGAGGAACUGGCAGCUGUGACAGCUGAGUUAAAAACACUGAAACAGAAGCUUCAGCAGGAACUGGUCAAAAUACAUGAGCUUAAGCAACGUAAUGAAACCCUGUAUAAGACCAUUGAAGAGAAAAGCCGUCAGCUUAACGAUUACACCACAGAGAUUGAAAAUCUGAAGACUUUGACACAGAAGCUAACAAAGGACAGACUGAAGUUAGAGGAAGAGCUGAGGGCAACAAGACAAGAGAGAGAUGAACUGAAGAUAAACAAAAAUGCUGCAGAUGGAGAGAGUCUCACUCAAAUUUCAGCCUUGCAUGUCCAGCUUCAGAGUAGCACCAAGAGGACAGCAGAACUCCAGGUUCUCAUCGGUGACCUGACCAAGGAGAGAGAAAAACUUAAAAUGGAAAUAGAAAAAUUCCAAAAGCAGUCAAUUGAGACAUCUAUGAUGGUGCAUGAGUCACAAACCCAAUACAGCCAGAUCCUGCUGGAGAGGGAUAGUUUGCAAUCCAAGCUUAAAGUGAUGGAGCAGGACAAGAACCGCCAGCAGCGACUAGAAGAGGAGCUUGCUCGCAUCAAGCUCUCUCUAGAGUCUGAGAUACGUAACAAGCAGCGUCUGCAGGAUGAAAAUAAUUCCAUCCUUAAUGACUUCAACCUUAUGAAAAGCCAGUAUGAACUGAAAAACAGCCAGAUUAGGCAGUGUGAAUCAGACAGGGACAAGGCUGAUCGAGAGAGGCUGUCCCUGAAGAAUGAGAUUGAGAGACUCACAAGGGAGCUGAAGAGUGUCGAUGAGAGGUACAAGAGCCGCCUGUUGAUCUCAGAAAAGGAGGCAUCUGAGCUAGCUCUAAAAAGAGAUUCCCUGGAGAGAGAGAUACAGAGAUUAAAGCAGAGACCAAGCAGUCUGUGUAGGCAGACCCAGACAGAUGAGAAUGUCCUUACAAUUGAUCCAUCAAAGCUCAUGUUUGAUGGUGUGCGCCGCAAAGUCACAGCCCAUCAACUUUGUGACUGUGGUGUAAUCAGUAAAGCCACCCUGGAUGAGCUCCUGAAAGGGAAAAAGACAGUGGAUGAAGUAGCUGUGGACAUCCAGCUUAAUCUAAAGGGUACAGGUGUUAUUGCUGGAAUGACAACAGGUUCUCAUGGAAGAAUGCCAUUCACUGAAGCCAAACACAAGAAUCUCCUCAGCCCAGAGAGUGCUCUUAGGCUCCUGGAAGCUCAAGCAGCAACAGGCUACAUAGUGGACCCUGCGUUUAAUGAGAGAAUGCCUGUGGAUACUGCCUCUUCCAGAGGGAUUGUAGACACAGAAGACAGAGACACCUUGUUGACAGCUGAAGCAGCUAGCUCAGGCUUUAAAGAUCCAUACACUGGCAAAGUGUUGUCUGUAGGACAGGCAUGCAAAACUGGCCGCAUCGACAAGGAGACAGCUGUCCGCUUGCUCCAGGCUCAGGAGUCAGUUGGAGGAAUAUUGGACCCUGUUCUGAGUGUGUUCCUUCCAAAGGAUCUGGCUUUGGAUCGCAAUCUUAUAGAUGAGGAUCUCUACAGGGCUUUGAAUAAAAAACCCACCUGCUAUCUAGAUCCAGCAACAGGAGAAGCGAUAAGUUAUAAUGACCUCAGAAAGAAGUGUACAGUAGAACCUGUGUCAGGCUUGCUUCUGCUUCGCGGCCCUGAAAAACCCAUGACAGUGAAAGGCAUCCGUGGUGAAGUCUCUGUCACAGAUCUUAUCAAAUCUGAACUACUGGAUGAAACUGACCUGCAGAAGCUCGGUCAGGGCAAACUCACGAGCAAAGAAAUUGAAGAGAAGCUAAAGUCUUAUCUCUAUGGCUCAACAUGUAUUGCAGGAAUCUAUGAUGAGGCCAAUGACAGAAUACUGCCUUUUUAUCAGGCAAUGAAGGAAGGUCUGCUCAUGAGAGGAACCACCCUGGAGCUUCUUGAGGCCCAAGCUGCAUCUGGCUUCAUCGUUGAUCCUGUUGAAGGUGCCUUCCUGACAGUGGAGGAGGCCUCAAAGUGUGGCCUCAUAGGGAAGGAGUUUAAGAAUAAGCUGUUGUCUGCAGAAAAGGCUGUAACUGGAUACAGAGAUCCAUCUACAGGAAAGACAAUCUCCCUUUUCCAGGCUAUUGAGAGAGAUCUUAUUGAGAAGGGUCACGGAAUCCGGCUGCUUGAGGCUCAGAUUGCAAGUGGUGGGUUAAUUGACCCUUUAGAGAGCCACCGUAUUGAUGUUUCUGUUGCCUAUAAAAAAGGAUAUUUUGAUGAGGAAAUGAAUGAGAUCUUAGCCUAUGAAGGAGAUGAUACAAAAGGAUUCUUUGACCCAAAUACAAAGGAAAACUUGACCUAUCUACAGCUAAAGGAAAGGUGCAUCACAGAUGCCCAAACUGGCCUGAUCCUUCUGCCCCUCAGUGACAAGAGGAAGGCCAAGAAGUCACAAGAAAGCCGCACCAAUGUUCUCCGCAAGAGGCGGGUUGUAAUUGUUGACCCCGACACUGGCCUUGAGAUGUCUGUCAGAGAAGCCUAUCACCGGGAGCUAAUUGACUAUGACACUUUCCUGGACUUGUCAGAGCAGGAGUGUGAGUGGGAGGAAAUCACCAUCACAGGGUCAGAUGGUUCUGCACGUUUGGUAAUUGUGGAUAGGAAAACUGGAACCCAGUAUGACAUUCAGGAAUGCCUGGACACUGGUGUCAUUGACCAAAAGUCUUUAGAUCAGUAUCGGGCUGGAACUCUAACUUUGACCCAGUUUGCUGACAAAAUUAUCAGCAGAACCAGCAGCACUGAGAUGACCAUUGCAGCCAGCAGUGUUGAUGACAUGGUCACUUGCACCAGCCCCACUCAAGCCAGACCAUCUUCUCCUACUGUCCGUAAACGCUUCAACAGUAUUUCAAUUACAGUCUCCCCCCCAGAUAUGUUUGAUGACCACUGCCCCGUGGGGGCCAUAUUUGACACAGAGACCUUGGAAAAGAUAACUAUUCCUGAGGGGCACAGAAGAGGCAUAGUUGACACUAUUACAGCACAAAGGUUGCUGGAGGCCCAGGCUUGCACAGGUGGUAUUAUCAACCCUGCUAGUGGCGAGAGACUAUCUCUUGAAGACGCUGUCCAUCAGAGCAUCAUUGAUGAAAGCAUGGCUGCGAAACUGAAACCAGCCCAGAAGGCUUACAAUGGUUUUGAGGAUGUGAAAACCAAAAGAAAGAUGUCUGCAGCUGAGGCAGUAAAAGAGACAUGGCUGCCUUAUGAGGCUGGUCAGAGAUUUUUGGAGUUUCAGUAUCUGACAGGGGGCCUGAUAGAGCCUGGCACUGGACGUCGUAUCACCAUCGAGGAAGCUAUCCGCAGAGGUUGGCUAGAUGGUCCAGGUGCCCAGAAGCUGCAGGAUUCCCGGAGCCACCAGAAGAUGCUAACCUGUCCUAAGACUAAACUGAAAAUCUCAUACAAGGAAGCCAUGGACAGCUGCAUGGUAGAGGAAAGCAAUGGGAUGAAGAUGCUGCAGGCCUCCUCCAUUUCAACAAAAGGUAUUAGCAGUCCUUAUAAUGUCUCUAACCCAGGAUCUCGCUCUGGGUCUAGGGCUGGGUCCAGGAGUGGAUCUCGUAGAGGAAGUGUGGAUUACUCCUCUACUUUCUCCUACAGCUUCUCUUCCAGCAGUGCCACCUAUAGCUCUGACAUUCACUCUUAAUGCAUGUCUUAGAAAAUGUUAGCUGAGUCAUGAGCACCCACUGCUUUGCAUUUUAUCUAUUUUUUUUUUCCAAGUUUGCUUAAAUAAAAAGUGUUUUGCUAUUUACAUGAUUGGAAAGGGUUUGUUCAAAUAUGUUAUCUGAUUCUGAAUUUUAAUCUGAUUCUGAAUUUAUAUCUGUUUUGAUGAUUUAUGUUUUUGAGAAUUUAGUGUCUCAAUAAGUGCUCAGUUCUUUUCAUGAUUUUGAUAUUAAACAUAAGUGCUGAAUAUUUUUCAUAACAUGAGUUAACAUUUAAUCCUUUUCUUUUUUUCUAUUGUUUUUGCCUGUUGACUAGAAUUGAUUUUAAAUUGGCCUCAUUUGUGUUUAUUCAAUUAUUUACUUGUUUACUAGUCUAAUAUAGCUUCAGUCAUACACAUAUUUUUCAUUUUUAGACAUUUUUUUAACCACAAAUGUCCAUUUUUAUGCUUAAAAUGUUUAACACAGUCAUGAUUUAGUCGGAAAAGGUUAUGCCGCUUUAAUGUACCUCUUGAGUAAUUGCAAAUAAAGUUGUCAGCAGUUU